AUGGCAGACAUUGCGGAAGUAAAGGAGGUGCUGCUUCGGGUCUGUAGAUACGUGCGGGUGGUGCGGAGAUGUCUCGGGGGUGUGCGUGACACUCCGGAGACGUCAGAGAAAGCAAUUCUGAUACUUUGCGAUAUUCUUGAUCUGAUAUAUUCUGCUAAGGAUCAAUUCAACGGGCCGGACGGAAUAUGCUUUUUUGAUACAGCACGACUGGACGGCUUGCACAACCUAUUGCUUCUUUUCGAGGCUACACUGCAGUAUAUGGAGGUAUAUCUUCAUCCCGGAGGCGUGGGAGUACGAGAGUUCAGGACAUAUCUUCUGGAGCGAACCCUGAUACCGAGAUUGGAACAAUAUAAACUGGCAUUUGUUCUCGCGGCACAGACGGAAUCUCCAAUAUCUAGGGAACAAGUGCUCGCCGAAAAUGAUAUAUUACACCAACUUCGUCAGUUCCACGAAAUGGAGUCUACAGAACAUCAACAAUUCAGAGGUGAAGACGAGAUUUUUAAAUCGACAGAUCGAUCCUCCGCCGAAAAUUUUAUCGCCCUCGCCGACUUAUGCAACAGACGCCAACAUGGAUCUUGUCAGUGGAUUCUGCGUCAUCAGAGAUACCGUCAGUGGUUACAUGGUUCUUUUCGCACAUUGUACUGCCUUGGAUCUGCUGGAAUUGGGAAGACUUUUCUGUCAUCAACCGUGAUCGAUUCUCUUCAAAGAACCUUCACGUCUCCAGAUGUUGCGAUAAUCUUCCUCUUCUGUCACAGAGAAAAGAACAACGAACAUGGAUGUCCGGCACUUUUACAAAGCGUAUUGGCACAAUUGAUCUAUCGACGACGUGCAAUGUCACAAUCUACAGAGAGUCUCUACGAUUUCGAGGCAAUGUCGGAAACUAGGGCAUCGUCAAAGACCUACCAGAAUGCUAUAAGGGCUGAAGUGAAUCACUUUUCCAAAGUACUCUUGAUAAUUGAUGGCUUGGAUACAAUUUCCGAUAGAGAUCGGUUUCUGAACCGCAUGCAAAAGCUUCCAGAACACGCUCAGCUGUUCAUUACGCUGCGCGAUAGACCUGAGAAAGAUAAUAUCAACUACAUCAACUUCACCAAUCCUGAAAAGGAUAUCAGAGAAUACGUUACUACUCGACUACACAAAGAUGUUAAACUUUCUCAUCUCGAGUUGAAAGACGGACGUGACCCGGAAUUGCAAAACGAUAUCAUCAGAUAUGUUGUGGAAAGGUCUCAUGGCAUUUUUCUACUGGCGCAAUUACACUUGGACUUGCUAGCAAGCUACGAAGAAAAGGCUCUCAUUCACAGUGCCCUCACCCAUCUACCAGAGAGCCUAGUCGAAUCUUAUGCGGAACUCAUGAAACGUAUUUUGAGCAAGCAUCCGAAUUCUAGGAAAAUCAUAUAUUGGGCACUAUUUUGUUGCAAACCUCUCACGGUAGCCGAGCUAAAAUAUGCUACCAUGGAAGAGAAACAAGGGGAAGAAAGCGAUGUUGAUCUCGGUUCUUUCGAGACUCAAUUACUAAAUGAGACCUGUGGUCUGUUCACCAUUGAUGCUGUUACUGGAACUGUUAACCUCGUUCACAAGACAGCGAAGGACGCACUUGAAAGAAUGUCAGCAGCUAGCACCGUUUUCGCUACUGCUCACAAAGAGAUUGCUGAAAGAUGUCUUACGUUGAUCUCAACAGAUGAGAUCGUUGAUGACUGUUAUAGGAAACGAGAAGAAACGUCUCGUCGUUGGUGCGAUCUCCUUCUACUGGAUUAUGCUGCUUCAAAUUGGGGUUAUCAUGCUCGUUAUGCCGCUGAGGAGGAGCAGACGAUACAGGUGCUGAUCACAACCUUUCUCAACAAAAUAUCUUGGAGACGACCUUCUAUUAAUGUUGGUCCAGUCGCCCCUUACACCUUUCCCGAAGAUCUCAUUAUUGGUCAGUAUCCGACUGACUGGACGCCAUUACACUAUCUUGCCUACUUUGACAUUGUCUGUCGCAGCAAACGUCUACUUGAGCAAAAUACCAACGUGAACUCCAGUGACAACUUCUUGGCGAUCACGCCUUUACAUUGUGCUGCUUACCGAGGCAAUGAGGCCAUGGUUCAGCUUUUACUGGAAAAUGGUGCUGACAUCAAUGCACAAACCAACAGUGGUGAUACUGCGUUACAUCUUGCCACGAUCAAGGGUCAUCGGAAAAUCAUGAAGGUGCUUCUCGCCAAAGGGACUGAUACAGGAAAAACAAAUGAGACAGGAAGUAUGAUUCUUCAUGCAGCAGUGGGAACAAUGGACGACGAGGCGACAGUUCCCUUACUGGUCAAGUCCAAUAUUGAUGUGAACGCUGUGAACUCCGUGACCGGGGAUACCGGAUUACAUCUAGCGGUUCAGUCUAAACGUCCUCGAAUCCUUCUUUACCUCCUAAAUAAGAAGGCUACAGUUGAUUCCUUCAACAAAAGGGGUCUGACGCCACUUCACCUUGCUGCCAAGCUAAAUAACUGCGAGGCGCUUCCACUCUUACUUGAACGCGGUGCAGCAGUGGAAAGCCGGUCACAAGACGGAGUGACGGCCUUGCAUGUCGCGGCGCAGGCAGAUAACUGGAUCGCGUUCGAUCUUUUGCUUGCUGCUGGUGCCGAUAUCAAUGCAUGGGACGCUAAUGGAGACACUCUUCUUCAUACAAGGGCGAGCAAGAGACGCGAUACCGCAAUCAUUUCGAAAUUGAUUGAUCAGGGAGCUAAUAUCGAAGCACGCAACUCCAAAGGCUACACUCCAUUACAAGCAGCCUCCUUGAAUGGAAAUAAAGAGAUGUUUUUUCUGCUCCUAGAUCGUGGAGCAAAUAUCGCGGUCGAAACUCCCCGCGGCGAAAGUCUACUUCACAUCACACCUCCGAACAAUCAAGACUACUUGGAGAUCUAUCAAGCUCUUCUUGAGAGAGGUUUAAGCGUGGACGCCCUGUCGAGUGAAGGAUGGAAACCGAUACAUCAGGCUGCUUUCAGAGGCACUGGAUCCCCUGAUGUCACCCUUGACAAAAGUUGCGAGCAUCUGAAGUUGUUAGUUUCUCAUGGAGCAGAUAUUAAUUCUGUGACACAAGCAGCUGAACAAGAGACUCCGCUUCAUCUUGCAACGCGGGCCUCGAUUCCUCGGCCAUCGUACAUUCUGCUUCUUCUCAGUCUUGGAGCGGAUGUGAACGCCAAAAGUGGAGAAGGAAAAACGGCGCUUCAUCUCGCUGCUGCCCGUGGUCGAGAGUCUGUGUUCCGGAUCCUACUAGACCACAGAGCCGAUCCUUCAAUCAAGGCAUCUGAUAUUCAGGAAGAAGCCCAGCCUGGCACCCAAUCCAUUGACACCAGUCUCUCUAUAGUAGAAGAAGCCGGAAUAACUGCAUUUGACCUUGCCAGGAAGAAUCCUGUUGGUGCUCUAUGGUUCGAUGAAAAAGGAGAACUGCACCCAAUGACUCCUCAGAGCCGUCGGACGAGUACCGCAACACUUAUUGAAAGUGAUAAUGGAGAAGAAGAAGAAGAAGAAGAAGAAGAUGAUGAUGAUGAUGAUGAUGAUGAUGACUCUGAGACUGCAACAGGUGCAACCACUGUUACUGGUGGAUCCAGUGUUGUUAAUGAUGAGUAG